GUCAGCCUGCUGCACCGCCUGCUGCGGCUCCAAACUGCGGCCUGCAGGCUCAACCUUCGAGGUGUCUAUUGUCGCGUGAAAGUGGUGCGCUGAGCUCACAUGUUUACUACGAAGCGUCACACCAAGACAACUUGCUGCACGGCUUCAGCUCCACUCUCCUAUUUUCAUACAAAUCGCGGAAACUGUUUCGACAUAGCCAUUUUUGGUCAGCUUAUUUGAUAUCAUCAUGGCACCCACUUCAAAAGAAUCCCCGCCAAAGAACACGAAUCCACUUCGUUCAGUCAAAUCAUUUACACGACACGAGACAUUAAGCAAAGCAGAUACCGACCCAAUCACGAGACAACGUCCGCAGCGAGCGAGCACUUUCCAGAAUGGGGCAUCCCCGAGGACAAAUACCGCCGACGCCUUUGAGACCCACGCCGGUGACGAUGAUGAGGAUCAGCCAGAACCUCCACGAGCGUCCGUUGAUAUGGACGACCUGCCCAUCGAGCUAGUGAGCCUGACGGAUAGUUUUAUCGAGUCCCUGUCGGCAAAAGUUCAUCCGACUCCACCAAACAUCGACAAUCUAGCCAGGCUCUUUCAAGAGUUUUACCACACGGCUGCCACACAUAUCAAUACCCACAUAUCGAGUUUGCUAUCCCGGCAAUCCCGGGAACAUUCCCCAGUCCCCUCAAGCUCCGCAUCCGCACGUGCCUCCCCCGCAAGCCUUCUCCGUGCCAAGGCGGCCUCCAUAAGCGGCAAGGACAAGGCCAAAGCUUCCGGCGCAUCCAAGUCUGAGGGAGAACAGCAAAUGAUCACUGCUGAGGAGCUAGCCGAGAGGAAAAGAGCCAGGAAAGCAUUGGAACAGAAACGAGGGCUUCUGGAGGAAGCUGUGGAAAGGCGACUCUGUGAGGGCAUCUACCCUCGAAUAUACCGGCACCGAACCACGCAGGACGAGGCCGCCGACGACAAGCUUAGGUCGAAAACUGCAGCCCUGGCCGUUGUCGGUAUAGGUCUAGCAGAUUUGGGGGUUGACUUGGGCGAGGUGCCAACGCCCGAGGCUGGGGUGGAAAGGCAGGAGGAGGUUCGGAAGUGGUUGGACCAAGCAAGGCGUGACCUUGAGCUGAUGAACGAGUCGAGGUAUCCUCUGGGAAAGUUGAACCGGCUCAAGGCAGCACACAAAAGCAUCGUGGAUACGCUGGCGCACUUCCACCCAUCUUCGUCUGCCGACGAGAUCAUGCCCAUGCUCAUAUAUACCCUAAUCACACUCUCUCCAGAAAAGCUCAACGUCAUCAGUGACCUCAGCUUUAUUCAACGAUUUCGUUGGGAACCAAAGCUUACAGGAGAGGCCGCUUACUGCCUUACAAAUCUUGAAGCUGCCAUCAGCUUUCUGGAAACGGUCGAUCUGUCAACAUUGAGGCCUGAUGAGGCUCCAUCCGGACCGUCAAAGAACAGCAGGCCAACCACACCUAGGGCAGAAACCUUUCCUCCGGCAUACGCAUCUCCUGGCUCCUCGACAUCCACUCAAGCUGUGGAUACGAUGACCGCAAAUGCGGCGCCUGAGUCCAUGAAACCAACACUCUCGCAGACAAACCUUCGGGCUACUGCAGCGGCGCAGCUUAGGAACCGGCGUCUCAGUGAUCUGGUCAACACUCCAGCUCAGGCAUUCGGGGCGGCCAGCGAUGCCGUAUUUAGCACUGCCGAUCAAGGCAUCAAAAACAUCACCAACAGCCUUGGCGACAGUUACAACUUCUUCCUCGGCAAGUUGACCGGGGACGUCGUCCCAAAAACGCUAGACGAUGCCAGGAAGCUAAUCAGCACACCACCUCCCGACGAUGACAUGUCUGUCAGUGGCUCUGUCAAUGACGACGGCGAGGGCCGCCAGGGCUCGCGUGUUGUCAGCAGGGAUGACAAGGUUCUCAGCCUAAUCGGGGGCAAGAAGGCUGUUUCACGUGAUCGCAGUGUGGACAGCACGAGGAGUGCGAGGAGUGCAAGCAGCAGCUCGAAAAAGGUUCUAUUUGCGGCCGGAGAGGACAGGUCUGCCACUCCAACGCCUGCGCCGUCAACUGGCUCCAAUCCAGCCCUUAUCGACUCGGUACGAAACUUUGGUAACUCUCUAAAUCCAAUGUCGAGACUGUCUGGUAUUGGCAUGAUGCGUGGUUUCGGUAGGACGACCUCCACGCCUAUCGCGCCUCUCGCAAAACCAGAAGGUGGCGACCUUGCUUCGGCCUUCCCCGACAUUGCUACUGCCUUGCCUCCUAAGCAAGUACCGCAGAUUGCUCCACCAGUCAAGAAGUUUAUGGAGACGUCAACAGCCGCUGAGCUCAGGCUUGGUGACGUAGGGGACCUGCUCCGUGACUACCGCAGGCUGGCUGCUGCUCUCAAGGACAGGGAUGCCUUCAAAGAGACGUGACGCGCGGUUGCGUAUAUAGUGAUCAAACAUUACGGAAACUCAAACCUAUGCGGGGAUGUCAGUUUUUUUUUUUUUUAACCCAUCCUCGAACACACUUUGAGCUAAGCAGGUGGUCUUUGCAAAAUAGAACGCAGAUCUUAUUCUAUUCUGGGGAGAAUAGCUAUUUUGCGAUCUCUUGGGUAUAGAUAGUAUCGUCUCGCACCGGGGAAUUACAAGGCUCCGAAUGCGACGCUGUGAUUUUUUUUCUUUUUCAUUCCGCCAUGUUUGUAUCAUAGAAAAGAAAAGAUUAAAAAAAGACCGGGGAAAUUGGGGUUUUAUCAGCUAGAGCAUCACAUUUAUAUGAACUAUUCAGGUCUGGUCGUGA